AAGAGACCACAAAAGAUAAAUGUUGCGACUUUGCAUUCUGUUACUCGAAGUAAUGGAAAAUCGAUACCCGAAGGACAGUUAUGCUCGCCGCCUCUAAAUUGUAGAUUCAUUGUCGGUAUAUAUAGUGAGAUAUAACGGUACAUAAUAGAAGAGAUAAGCUGCAGUCUGAGAGCUUACGCAAAUAUCAUGACUUUAUAACUCUGCUCACUGGUUGUUAGAUGUGCGAACUCUCUCUUCCUCUAUUUUCUUACAAUAAAAUAAAAUAAAAUCCAUGUAAAUGUAAAAUCAACCGCACAAUGGGAAAAUGUAAGCUAGAAUUAUUACAGUGAUCUCGAUGCGUGAGUUAUGAAUGAGAAAGUUCCAUUCUUUUUUUUUUUAAUAAACUUAUAGAGUUAUGUUUUCAAAUAGUAUUCAUAUAUUGUAUGUAUAUGCAUAUUUUUGCAAACCGUUGCAGAAAGAUUUUUGGAUUAUAUAUAUCAUCUUAUAAUAUCUUUCUCCUCCCGUCAAUAUACUUUAUUUUGUUUUAAAUAUUAGCAGAAAGCGAACGAGAAUUAAAUAUAAAAUUGGCCCCCGUGUACCGACGGCAGACACUAUUUACGCCAUUUUUACCGCACGAACGUUAGACGUGCAUGCAUUAUGUGUUAGCAUCGUAAGGAGAUUAAUAAUUAAUCGCUGAUGAAUGAAGAUUUCGGCGAACUUAUUGCAAAAGAACAUGACGUGAUGAUGAAACCUAACUUCCGCUCUUUCCAGAUUCGAAAUAGCUAUCUUCGUUUUGAUAUUUCUCAACAUGUUGACGAUGGGAAUCGAGCACUAUAACCAGCCGCAUCCCAUUUUCUUUGUCCUCGAAGUAUCGAACGCGUUUUUCACGACCGUCUUCGGCCUGGAGGCGAUCGUCAAAAUAAUAGGUCUACGUUAUCAUUAUUUCACGGUGCCGUGGAAUCUAUUCGACUUCGUACUGGUAUUGGCAUCAAUCCUGGGUAUACUAAUGGAAGACAUCAUGAUAGACUUUCCUGUGCUCAUCAAGGCCGCGAAAGGUAUCCGCAAGCUACUCUUCGCCCUUGUCGUCAGUCUUCCAGCGCUCUUCAACAUUGGGGCUCUACUGGCCCUGAUCACGUUUAUCUAUGCUAUUAUCGGCAUGUCUGUUUUCGGACAUGUUAGAAAACAGGGCGCAUUGGACGAUAUGGUGAACUUUGAAACCUUCGGUAGAAGUAUGCAGCUGCUAUUCCGCUUGAUGACCUCGGCCGGGUGGAACGAUGUAUUAGAGUCGCUGAUGGUGCAACCACCCGAAUGCGAUCCCACCCCAAACAGCCGACAGAUGAACGGAGAUUGCGGAUACCCUUUGCUAGCGAUCACGUACUUUACAUCAUUUAUUAUCAUUAGCUACAUGAUAGUUAUUAAUAUGUACAUUGCCAUCAUCUUAGAGAACUUCAAUCAAGCUCAUCAAGAAGAGGAGAUUGGUAUCGUCGAGGAUGACUUAGAAAUGUUUUACAUCCGAUGGUCGAAGUACGAUCCACAUGCAACUCAAUUUAUCAGCUUCUCGCAGCUGAGUGAUUUUAUAGCGAGCCUAGACCCACCGCUGGGGAUAUCAAAGCCCAACGUCGUAGCGUUGGUCAGCUUUAAUCUUCCUAUUGCAAAGGGUAACAAGAUUCAUUGUCUGGACAUCCUGCACGCGCUCGUCAAGCACGUUCUCGGGCACGUCGAGGAAUCGGAUGACUUCAGGAAGCUGCAAGAACAGAUGGACAUUAAGUUCAAAAAACAGUUUCCAACCAGGAAAGAAUUAGAAAUAGUGUCUUCCACAAGAAUCUGGAAGCGACAAGAUAAAGCUGCCAGGUUGAUUCAACGUUCCAUAAGGGAGUACAUUGCGCUGAAAAGGGAGCGCGAGAGAAUCGCCCAAGAGGUAGACUCGCAGACGCAGACUUCAAGUCCAGGUGGAAUGGAUGGUAGGGGCGGAAGUGGAUGGAGCGGUAAAUUGUCAGCUCUAUUACACGUGCACCGAGGUAGCCGGGCUAGUAGUCGCAAGUCCUCCAGGGCCAGCGACGCCAGCGACCUCAGCGAACUCGGCACCGCUUCGGCGUGGCUGUUCCCGAAUCUUCCUCUGCUGUUGCUCUCCGGCGCCACCGGGACCCACGAGGACCUGCAACCUCCGGCACUGACCGUGUCUCGUCCCUCACCUACCACCGAACAACCUUCCGCCACUUCCAGCUCCGGUUCGGACUCCCACAUCACUGUCAGGUCGUUGGGCCCUACGCUGGGCCGGCAGGACGCAGUGGAGAAAUAUCUGGAGGAGGAUGUAACCAGCCCACCGAUCUCGAAGCGCGGCUCAACUUUGAGGCCGAGUGGCACCGCUCUUUCGCUCAACGCGCUGCAGCGGGACAUCAAGGAGGCGUUUAACCGACGUUGCGGCAGCCUGAGACGGCGGGCGCCACUGCCAGAGCCGGUACGGCUGCCGAUUGAGGGUAGCGAUAGGGUAAGCAUCCUAGUGACAGAACCGAGCCCGGAAAACACGGCACCACCUACGAGACCACCGCUACUUCGGCAGCAAUCAGAGGCGACAGUGGUGCACGUGCUAGUGCACAGAGAAAGCGAGGAGUAUCAGGACACACCGGACGACAGCUGAUCCUAGUUGACAGUAAGCGAUCACGACGGAUAGCGACAGACAGCAGCGAUGCGACUCAUGUCAGUGAUAAUACAUACGUAGACGUAUAUGUAUAUACAUAUGUAAACUUUUCACACAGCGCGCAGUUCUAACUAGAUAGAAUGAUGAUCCGCAUGGCUUCUUCUAGGAGGUAAAUCUCGAGAUGAAGUUGCGUAUGAAUGCAUGUGUCAAGUAUGCGUGUGUCGUCGAAGUGUCAAAUGAAACAGUACGUAGCGAUGGUUCUCGGCCAAAGAAAUUAAUGACGACAGUAAUGCUUCUUCUUUGAAUUGAUAAAUGCUUUUCUGGAUAUCCGUUCUUACAAAAGCGCAUUUUAUAUAGAAUCUGUUAUGUCUUCAGACAUUAUAGACAUACCAGUAUGAUUAUUAGCAUUGUAUUAGACGACAAGGAAUGCUAAUUUUGUAACGAUCUAGCGCAAUCUUAUUAUAUUUACAAUGAGGUUGAUGUAACAUUUUAUUUUUAACAAAAGUAAAAGUUUUCGAUGCUUUUAUUAGCUCAAAAAUUAUGCCUUGCAAAAUAGUCCAACUAUAAGAAAAUUUAUUACAUAAUUUUUCAAACGUCUGCCUAAUCAAAAGAUUUAAUUCUUGAGAUGGUAAAUAUUUGCUUCAUUAUCAUAAAAAAAAAAAAGGUUGAGAACCAUUGCACCAGAAGACGAAGAAAGGGACAAGGAUAAGGAUAAAAAGAAAUUUUCGACAAUUUUUCCAUUAAAAUCACAGAUGGAACGCGUCGUUCGGGGAACUUGGACAUGAUUACUAUAUUGACGUCAUCUUACUUUUUGACGAAAAUGCAUAUACCAUAUACUGGGUUCCCUGUAAUGACAAACGCGAAUUAUUUAAAGAAUUGCCAGCGUAGCGGAAAUACCAGAUGUAGCCGUUUUCGAAAAACGAGAGCACAAUUUGUUGCAAGAAUGUAUCAAUUCUCAAGGUGAGUCGAAAUUUGGUUUGAUAAGAUUCAAAUUUGAAAGUUAAAUAUAAUAAGUGCAAAUUUGGAUAGAAUUUGCAAUGAUUUCGACGAUUGCUUCGAUCAAUGAGAAUUAUUAUUAUCACAUUAUUAUAUCAAUAGAAAGUUGAUCCGCAGUAUUAGAUAUCAGUGUACAUAGUAUAAAUAACGAACACUUUAUUAAUUUUUGCUACGUAAAAAGAUCCACAUUGACGCGAUUGACGAAUCAUUACUAAUACUAAUACUAUCAUAAAUUCUAAGAGCAAUUCUAACGCUUUCCAAGAACAUUUUGAAGUAUAGAUGUUAAUACACUCUAAUCGCGCACACUUUUUGAUCAUACUUAUAUAUAUAAAUUGUCCGCAGUAUUACUUUACAUUAGCAGUUUUGUCUAUGCCAUAUAUAAUUAGUAUUAAAUGUAAGGCAUAGAAAAAAAAUCUUGUCGAUCAGAGAGAAAAAUAUUGCAUUAAUCGCAAUGAAUAAGAAACAUAAUUACCUUAUAAAUGCAUUAAACUAUAAAUUAUUCAUACAAAAUAAUCAAGCG